CGCUGCCUAAGGGCAACCAAAAUCAUCAUCUCCGUAAAAAUGCAGGGAGAAAUUUGGACUCUUUUGUCAAUUCCUUACUCGCGGUCUUGGGAGUAGUCCGUUUGUAAACUGACAAUUCCAGGCCAUGGGCGAGGAAGCCCAAAUCCCUGUCAGGCAAAAACGGAGGUGGCCCGCGCCAGACGAUGCGGACCGCCCCGGCCCGUCCCAGCCCAAAAGAAUCUGGGAAAGCACACCUGAUGUUCCAUGCGCUCCAUGCACACACAUGUUCUCCAAUCAGGGUCUCGAAUCUCUCAACUCACCGAGCGGCUUCCGCCACCGGACCCGCACCGAGUGUAUGGCUUCCGGAAUCGAAGGCUGUAGAAUCUGCAAGUUCGUCUACCUGGUUGUCUGUAAAGAAUAUGAUGAGAACUGGGCGGGCGACGAUCCCCUCAUAUUUCGGAAUUUCCAAAGUGCGCACUCGACGAGCACGGUUUCUAGCAUUCGACCGUUGCCUGGUGUCUAUGGGCUUAAAGGUAGCCUCGAAUCUGAACCCGACAAAUGCAUCAUCACAAUCUAUCCAUUUGCAGAAAAGAACAACCCUGUUGGAGACAUUGUACGCCGAAGGCCUCUCCACAGGGAUGUGCAAAGCGACAAUGUGUUUGCGGCAGCACAGUCCCUCAUCGAAGACUGUAUGAAUCCUGAUAAGCCUCACAAACAUUGCCAGUACUCGCGAGACACUGUGCUUCCGACGCGCGUCCUCGACGUUGGAAAGCCUGAGGACCCUCAUCCAACCAUCAAACUCAGAGUCAACGAGACAGAGACCCACGCGCCAUAUCUCGUCCUGAGCUAUUGCUGGGGAAAGCACCCUGAGCCCACGGCGCCGGUCCAACCGCUUCUGCUACGCAGAGAUACUCUUGAGGAUUUGACGGGUGACAUCACGCUCGAGAGUCUCCAGCAGUCAAUACAGGACGCUAUCUUGGUCACCCGCAAACUUGGUUUUCGCUAUCUUUGGGUUGAUGCGCUGUGCAUCAUCCAGGACUGCAAGACCGACAAAGCCAAGGAGAUUUCCCAGAUGGCGUCCAUCUACAAGAAUGCUGCCAUAACCAUCGCAGCAUCUUCCUCUGAAAACGCCACGGAUGGGUUUCUUUCGCAGAGGAUCCAACCCUACUAUCCAAGGGAUAGCUUCCAUAUCCCCAUGUUGAAUGGGGAGAAAGGCACCGUGUAUCUUUCGGCAGAGGCAUACGAGCCCGAACAUCCCCUAGACAAGAGAGGCUGGACAUUCCAGGAAUUCAUGCUGUCAUCAAGAAUGCUCAUCUUCUCCGACUACGAGCUUCUGUGGCAGUGUAAGGAGGUGGAUCUUCGGGGCGUCACCGGGAGGGGACUCGAGUAUCUACAACCCUUGGAAGUUCUGCCAUGGACCGUUUUUGACGAUGACGCGGAGCCCUAUUUUGGAAAUCUCGAUUCCGACAAGAUCUACCUCUGGAAAUCGAUCAUCCAACAGUACACGGAACGCAAGCUGUCAGACCCGGAAGAUAGGCUUAGUGCAGUCACGGGAAUAACGACUGAGCUAGAGACACUAUGGCGCGACACGAAUAUCUACGGGCUCUGGAGGAAAUGGUUCAUACAGCUCCUGGCAUGGUACAAACCAGAUGUUGACAGAGAGCAGGAGCGGUGCCUCAAGCGGGCACCCAGCUGGUCAUGGGCGUCUCUCAACGGCGUGAUCUGCCACGAGGGGCCCCUCUGGACUGAAGAUGCCAAGAUCAAGUCGCUGACCGUAUCAGCUGCAGAGCUGACAUGUCGUAUUCUUGAAGAAGGCGACAUAAAGGAUGAAAAGCUUGGUACCAUAUUGGAGCGGCCAGAUCUUGUGGAUGCAAGCGCUGAACUGCAGCAGGGAGGACUCCAACUUAGAGAGACGGAGUAUUUGCUUUUGGGCACAGUGAAGGUAGAUGAAGGCGUCGAGAAAGGCAUCGGCUUGCUCUUAGUGGACGUAGGUACAAGAGUUUAUCGGAGAGUUGGGUUGGUCGUCUUUACGGAUAUGACUCUAUGGAAAGGUGCGAAGCGACGGGAUAUCACAUUAGAGCCGGUACUCAGGGGAUAGGACUCCAUGUAUGUUUUCUCAUUUGAUGACACAAAAGCAC